AUGCACACCACGUCGAUCUCCUCAGCUGUCGCGGAGGCCUUGGUCGCCCCGUCCGUCGACCUCACCCUCCCGCGCUCCCACGUCGCCGUGCUCGUUGGUGCCACAGCACGCUCGUACGGCUUCUUCCAGGUUACCAACCAUGGCGUCCCGGUCGGCACUGUCGAGUCGGCGCUCUCCGUGGUCAGGGCCUUCAACGAGCGGCCAAUGGCGGCGCGCUCGACGUACUACUCUGUCUCGACCACCGGGCCUGCCACCUACACCACCGUACAUAGGCCCAUCCCGCCGCGGAACGCCUAG